AAGGAAAGCUGUCCAUCGACACCAAAAGCGGCGGUGCGCGCUCCUUCCCCUCGUCCACACCCACACCACCCCCAGCCUUCACCCCGCACCCGGCAAGACAAGAGGCAGAGCAGAGCACGAGCGGCAGCAGCCCAACUCUCACACCUCCCCCCCCCUUCCCUCCCCACUGUGUCCGUCUGUGUGCGCGUUCAUUCCUCCCCCGGUCCCGUCCGUCCCCACCGAGCUCCACGCAUCCGGCCAGCACGACCGCCGGAUCUGGGCCGGAGGAGGACGAGCGCCCGCCUUCCCCUCCCGCAUCUAGCUGGGCGCGCGCGGAGCCAGGCGGAGGAGGGGGAGCAGGGAUCGGCCGGCGAUGAAGGCGGUGGAGCGCGCCAAGCUGGUGCGGAGCCUGCGGCAGGAGUCGCGCCGGCUGCGCCUGCUCGUGCUCGUCAUCGGCUUCUUCCUCAUCACCCUCACCUUCGUCGUCCUCUCCAAGCCCGACGCCCUGCUCUUCAACCUGAACGGCCGGCUGUCGGUGGACGAGGCGCCGCGCUCGCUGCUGAUCCGCCAGGCAACCGACGCCGGCGCCGACGUCUCCCAGGGAUCCGCCGCCGCCCAGGACCCCAAGCUGCUGGACGGCUUCGAAGACGCCGAGUCCAACGCCAAAGCGACCACUAAAGAGGAGGAGACGAGGGCGCUCACUAGCAGCCAUCCUCAGCGGAGCGCCAAAAAGGAGCCUGAAUCCCGGCUGUUAGCUAGUGGAGGAGAAGGGGGGAAGAAAGGUAAAGAGGGGCACCAUGGGCAUCGCAAGCUAACCCUCCCAACCGUUUCUAACUAUACUAUCCGUGACGCCGAGGACAGCGACAAUGUCAAGCAGCAAGAUAGCAAACAAGAAGCAGAAACUAAGCUUCAGAUGGUUGCCGGCAAAAGCGACGGCAGCGACAAAUCUCAGGAACAAGAUUGGAACAAUGCGGAAUGGGAGACCAAACCACUUUGUGAUUUCUCAAACUUCAGAGCUAAUGUCUGCGAGAUGCGGGGCAACAUCAGGAUUCACCCGAAUGCGAGUUCGGUGAUGUACAUGGAACCUGCCAGCUCAAAGAGAAAUGAGCUAUGGAAACUUAAGCCCUAUCCUCGUAAAGGCGAUGAACUCUGCCUCAGCAAAGUUACAGAGCUGACGGUGAAAUCAAGCAAAGUGGCACCUGAGUGUACCAAGUACCACAAUGUGCCUGUUGUGGUCUUUGCUCUGACUGGAUACACUGGAAAUCUGUUCCAUGACUUCACCGAUGCGCUUGUCCCUCUUUUCACGACAGCAAGCGAGUUCAAUGGUGAGGUCCAGUUCCUCAUCACCGACAUGGCUAUUUGGUGGACAAGGAAGUACCAUGUGGUGUUUAAGAAGCUAUCCAAGUACCCCUUGAUCGACUUCAACAAAGAUACUGAUGUGCAUUGUGUCAAGCACGCCAUUGUUGGCCUUCAUGCUUACAUGGAGUUCACCAUUGACCCCUCCAAGGCUCCUCACAACUACACCAUGGUGGAUUUCAACAGAUUCAUGCGCAGGACGUAUGAAUUGCCUAGGGAGGCUGUGUCUGCACUCGGCGAGAUCCCCAAGGCCAAACCGAGACUGCUCAUCAUCUCAAGGCAGAGAACAAGGAUGUUCCUCAACCUCCCGGAGAUCAUCGCAAUGGCAGAGGGGUUGGGUUUUGAGGUUGUGGUCGAGGAAGCCAAUGUGAGCUCUGACCUCUCCCAGUUCUCCAAGGUGGUUAACUCCGUCGACGUUAUGAUGGGCGUCCAUGGUGCCGGGCUCACAAACUGUGUGUUCCUGCCACAUAAUGCCACGCUAAUUCAGAUCGUGCCGUGGGGUGGCAUUGAGGGCGUGUGCCGGAUCGAUUUCGGCGACCCGGCGGAGCAAAUGGGCCUGCGGUACAAGCAGUACAGCAUCGCCGUGCACGAGAGCAGCCUCACCGACCAGUACCCGCUGGACCAUGAGAUCUUCAAGAACCCGCUCGCUUUCCACAAGGGAUUCGAGUUCAUCAAGGAGACCUUCAUGGAUAAGCAGAAUGUCAGGCUUGACUGCAACCGGUUCAAGCAUGUACUGCUGGAGACCCUUGAUCAGCUAAACCAAUAAGAGCUACUGAUCUGCCAUUGGCCAUUGUAUUAGAUGGUUCUCCAUACAUCUUUUUUCUUUUGUUUCACCGUUCUUCUCUUCUCUUCUUUUCUCUAGUAAAAAUUUGUUGAUCGCCUUCUUAGUACAUGAGCAAGGAACAGAAUUAUCUGUGUAGGAAAUUACAUGGAUGUGAAGCUUGGAUGUCCAUGAUUUGUCAUUUAUAGCAUAUUUAUUGUCUGGAAAUAGAUAAACAAUACAAAUUUGUUUUUUCUUUGUA